AGCGUACUGCGAAGGAGAGGGAAAAAAGCAAGCAACAAGAAGGAAGUGCAAUGGCGACAUUGGAUCGCCAACUACCAAAUCCGGAUACGUUCCUGUGCAAACCUUGGUCGACUUUUAUCAGCGCAGCAAAAUUACACUAUUCUGACAACUCGCUCGUCGGAAACCGCUUGAAAGAGCUGUACAACAACUGGGAAGGAACUAAACUCAGCAAAGAAGAGAUGCACGUGUUUGGCCAGUUUCCCAACCAGGAGGAUUUCUGUCUCGUCGUCUGCAAUGUCUGCAACCAAGUGGUCAAACCCCAGGGCAUCCUCACCCACUACGGUGUCUGGGGAGUAGAGUCCCAGUGAGGCAGAGAGAGUAAAGGACCUCCCCACCCUCCUCCUCCUCCUCCUCCUCCUCCUCCUCACCCUCCCCUCCCAAAGACAUGCAUAGCCAGAACCAGCGUCGGCACGGCUCCCCAUGUCCCUCCAGGGGUCCAGUGGCCUCUGUGAAGCCCAAUGUGGCAGUGUCCCCCACCCCGGGUCCUACUCCCCCUCUGCCCUUCAGGGUCCCCAGAGACUACCCCCACUCCCGCUUCAACAAGGCCCCGCUCGCUGUCUACCCUCCCAAGGGUGUCCGCAGCAAGACAUGUGUGUCGUUGCCAGUAGUGAGUCUGGAGAAGAUGCCAUGUCUGGGCCGGACAGAGAGCGGAACACAUGUCAGAGGCCACUGCUUUUCUUCCUCCCCCUCCUACUCCUCUCCCUCCUCCCUCAAACCCUCCCUGACCCCCCCAGCUCCCCUCAGGGGGUCUCAGGAAAUGCUGGUGAACGGUCGUGGCCCCACGGCCCCUUGCUCCUCCACACCCCCCUCGGUGGACCGACGGCCCAGCCCGGCCCGCUCUCCCGUGGAUAAACGGCCCUCUAGCCUCUCCCCCCUGGACCACCGCAGACCCUCCGCCUCCCACUCCCCCUCCCCUCGGACCCCUGCAACCCCUUCCCCCCUGGACAGGAAACAGCAGAAUGGAACCAAGACCCCCAGGCCUCACAGGAGACUGUCAGGGAGGGUGUUUGACCCGAACAAGCACUGUGGAGUCCAGGACCCGGAGAGCAAACGGUCCUGCACGCGAUCACUCACCUGCAAGACUCACUCCCUGAUCCACCGGCGGGCCGUCCCAGGCAGGCAGAAAGAGUUUGAUAUCCUCCUGGCAGAACACAAGGGCAGAGCGAAGGAGAAAGAGAAGGAGGGAGGGCAGAGGAGGGAGUCACAGGGGGGCAGUCAGAGCAGCCCUGCCAAUGACACUACCCCCUCCACCCUGCCCCCCCACUGCCACAAUGGCAGAACCGUCUCCACUCUCAAACUGCGGCUGGCUAAUGCACACAUACCCAGGGUACCAGGUGGUGGGGGCGCUGCUGUCCUAUCCUCCACCCCCGUCCCUCCAGCCUCGACCCAGGACCCCCCAGCCCCUGUCUGGCAGAGGGCAGGAGAGGACAGGGACGGUCAUUUGUCCAGUUAUGAGGGCGACCCAGGAACACCGGAGGACCCUGACAGAGACAUAGACGGAGACCGACCAUCCUGCCACUACUCCCCUCACCACCCUCGACCGCUGGGGUGCUGUGCGUUCAACAGCAGGCUGAUGGGGCGUGGUCACUAUGUGUUUGACCGGCGGUGGGACAGGAUGAGGCUGGCGUUACACUGCAUGGUGGAGAAACAUGUCAACGCUCAGAUGUGGAGAAAGAUGCCCCUGGCUGCUGAGAGCCCUCCCUCCCCCAGCUCUCUCACCCCUCCUCCCCCCAUUUCCUCCCCCUCCUUCCCUCCCUCCACCAACGGAGCCUUCUCCCUUGGAUCCUACUCCACAGCCUUCCCCCAGAAUGCAUCAGCAGCAGGGUUGUUUGGCAUCAGGGACCCCUCCCUGGCCACUGUCUCCGCCUUAGGGAAACCACGGAACGGCACUUCCACCAAACCCAUCAGGCCCCCAGGGGCCACUGGUGUCGCGGCCAAGAAGAGGAGGACCACCCUUCCAUCUAGUUUUGACACUCUCAGGGGGAACAACAGCAGCUACCACACUCUGACUCCCACCCCCAUGCUCAGCUCUGGCUUUCCCCCCCUUAGUGGUAGGAGAAAGACCUUAGGACACAGUGCCAGUGAGGUGGGGGUCAGGGCCGAGGACUGGUACUCCAACCCUGACCCAACCAACACCACACCCUACCCCCUCACUACGGACCACCAAAGCCCCCUGCCUCCACCCAGCCCCCUGGCCCACGGAGGAGGGGUGGAGGGGAGAAAGAGGAGGAGCCCCAGUGCGUAUGGAGGAGGAGGAAAGCCCAGUAAGGUGACCAAAGCAGCAGCAGGGCUGGACGGCAUCUUCAGGAGGAACAGCACUGGACUUCUGGCCUCAGGCCCCGAGUCACCUCGACAGUCCAAGUUGCAUCAUUGACAAUAACAGGAGACAUGGACAGAAUGCUGGGCAGCUACAUGGACUAGAAUCUGUGACCUUUGACCCAAUGUCAGUAACACAGGGUCCUGCACCUCUGAACAGUGAUGUCACCCCGCCCACACAUUGAUCAGCCAAUGGGCGGUUUUGCAGAGGUAGUCUCCAUGAAUCAAGACACUCAUCAUCACAAACUGCCCUCUGAAAAGGGAACCUGCUUUAGUUUGGCAUCUUCAUCACUCUACAUGCAUUUAGACAUUUGUUGUUGUAGCUUCCUGUUCCUGUGUGGUCAGGUGACCAGGAAGGAAUUCCCAUGUCCAAAAACUUCCUCAGACAGACCUGUCUUGACAGCCCCAGCAGACCUCCCUUCCUCACCACACACACACCCUUCUCUCCAGCAUGCCAGAGUUCAAAGUGCACUUGCUCUCCUCCUGGAGGCUACACAACAACCUGUCUGUCACACAAGGGAAGACUUCAUACCGACACUUUUUCAUGAAAUGGCUUGCAAAAUAGGAACAAUUCAGGUUAUCGAGGAUUGUUUUUACUAUUCGUCUCAAAUGUUGCGACACAGAGUGUCAGGACCUACACCCUAAAUGGAAAAAACGAUGGUGUUGGAUUUUUGAAAAAUGUAUAAUAAUUUAUAAUUUCUUCAUUUUCUUACUGACCAGAGUAGAGCUACAAACAUUGAGCAAAAUUAUAUUUGUAUGUCAAUUUUAAAAAGUAUUAUUAUAAUCAUAGUUAUUGUUGAAAAUGUGUACAUAUAUUUUAUUAUUUAUUAUUAGUCUCCCCUUACUAAAAGAACUGAAGCUAUAGUGUUUUACCUGCCAGGUGACGUGUGCGCUCUUAAUACGAUGCUUAGUAUUUUCAAGGGUCCUCUGCCGGUGGUUCUCUCGUUUCACACUUCUUCCAAUGUUUCUAUAUGAUAUGUACAUUACAGAAAUGUACAUAUGGCACCAGCCAUCUUCUUUUAAUAUCGCUGGUUCCACUGCGCUGUGUCCUUCUAUUCUGUCAAGCAUGGACACACUACAGGGACGUCACUGACAUGGGCUGCAUCUCAAUAGUCUUAAGUGGCAUCUUCUCCUCGUCUCCUCCUUUUUGUCUUUCCUGAUCUGAAAACGACGGUGGCCUUUAGAGAAAAUGUGGUGGUUGCCAGACAGGAAUUUGACUUCUGUCUAGCGAGUUCUUUCUGUAGGAAGUUACUUUAGAUGACUUCGAUGCGUAUUUCAGAACAGUGGCAGUGCCCCUACUGUUGCAUAGUGUAGGUGGGGAAGUCUGUUCAGUGUUUGCCUUUUUCCUCAUAUGCCCAGGUCAUUAAAUCUACUUCCAUUUCUAUAGAUAUUUGCUGGCCACCAAGUAUGAACUCUGGGGUGGGAGGACGCGCACAAUCAAGACACAUUUUUAAUUUUUUUUGUAUUUGUAAUGAAUUUCGAAAAUGUUCUUUCGUUUUUCUUUCACUUUGAAAAUGUUGACGGUUUGGUAGAUCGGAAGGGGGAAAAAGGGGGAAAAAUCCAAUAUAUUCCCUUUUUUUUUUUUGAGGGAAUUGUAAGACUGCAAAAUGCGAAGACUGCUAGGGGUGUGUAGACUUUCACCAGGCACUGUAUACAUUUGUAAAGGUGUUUUGUCAACAACAGUAAAUAUGAAGACUAGGCCUGUAUUCCUUGUGACGUCAAUCCCCUCUAUAAACCUGUGUAGUGUGGGCCAGGGGUAUUCAACUCUGACCCUACGAGGGCCGGAGCCUUCUGGUUUUCUGUUCUACCUGAUCAGUAAUUGCACCCAGCUGGUGUCCCAGGUCUAAAUCAGGGACUGAUGGGGAAAAUGGGGAAAAACAAUGCAUUGAAACUGGCUUUGAGGUCCGGAGUUGAGUUUGAAAGGUGUAGGCUAUCUGAAUCUCAAGACAGAAUGUGUCUGUCACCAUGGCUAAGGGAAGUCACAAACACUGUCUGCCUGGUCCAGGGGGAGGUAUUGUGGGGGAAGGUUUCUAUGCCUGCCGUUUUGUCUUCAGACCCUGCCUCUGCAGGAGUACACACUCUUCCAAGUCCUUAGGCCCUCCAUUUUUCUAUAAGUGCUCAUAGGUGAAGGUAUUGUCUCUUUUUCACCAUCUCGGUCAGAUAUGCUCGCUUUCUGCAAGUGGUCAAUGUCGACAUGUAACUUCUUCCCAACAUAGUAUUAGGCUUACAGAAUAUCAGUUUAUAACUCCCUUUCAAUUACCAGUUACUGUUCGAUCACUGAAAAUGUGUGCACUGCUCUAAUGGUUAGUCCCGUCAGGAGGCAGCAAUGCCCCUCUCCAGUCAUUUAGGUUCACAAACGGCACGUGACUGACUAGGUAGUAUUCCUGAAGGUUAACUUUGCUUUUCCUCCCCUCACUAUUUUCACUGAGUGUGGAGCAGCAAAUAUGGCAUCUAGUUCAACUGCCUCAGAGGCUGACUCAAGUUUAUGGGGAGUAGCAGUACACUAUGGGAAGAUCUCAAUUGCAUACGGCUCGCUUCUUCGCUCCUCGUCUUCUUCUCAAAACCCAUUGGAUAAGAAAGCCAAAAGUCCCGCCCAUCUGACCUUCUCCUCCAAUGGGUUGUGAGAAUGACGGCAGGAGAGAGGACACGAGGAGAAUGCAAUUGAGGUCUUCCCUACGUGUUGGUCUGAAAUGGCACGCUGUUCCCUGUAGUGCACUACUUUUGACCAAUGCCCUAAUAUAAGUGCCCUGGGCAAAACAAGGGCACUGUAUCGGGAAUACAGUGCCUAAGUAGUGCACUAUAGGGAAUGACGCAGACUUGAGUAGACUAGUGUUUCAGUGCAGUCUCCUCGCUACUCACCCAGGACAUGGAUGUCUCUCUGUAAGUAAGGCCUUAUUUUUGUAUUCACUGUAAAUAAAGCAGAACCUGGUCCUUGUCGAGAUCUUACUAUGAAAUAGUCACUGGUUCACCUUUAUCAGUCUGUGGUGGCGUCCAUCAUGUGCUUUCUACUCCUGGGUGACUCUUUUAUCCUGUUGUCCCCAUGGUGUUUUUAACACAUUUAGAUGUGUAGUUUCAGGUUUGACUAUGUUUUGGAUUAAAAAAGGAUAUAUAAAAUGUUUUCUACCUGC